AUGGGUGCAGGCCAGUCUGCGGAAGCGCCGCAAGAGACGGAGGAAGCAUUUGUGGACUACUAUGCACUUUUGGAGGUGGAACAAACAGAUGUGGUAGAGCAGAUCCGUAAAUCUUAUCGCAAGCUUGCAUUGCGGUUUCAUCCCGACAAGAACCCAGGAGAUGAAGAGGCCGCGAAUAAGAAGUUUUCCAAGCUGCAAGAAGCGUACGAGGUCCUAAGCGAUGAUACGGAGCGCGCAUGGUAUGAUCAGAAUCGCGAAAGGCUCAUGCAUGGUGGCACUGAUGAGGACGACGGGGACGAAACGGAUAUCGAUGCAAAGUUCAAGUUCUUCCGCUCGGGCGGCGCUCCACCCAAAGCAACGUCUGCAGCACCUGGCAUUGGUGUGUCACACCUGCUACGAUUCUAUGAACCAAAUAUUGCCAAAGAUCUGAGCGAUGCUGACUCGUCUUUCUACGGGACGUAUCGCCGCCUCUUUAAGCGACUCGCUGAAGAAGACCGCAUCGCUGCGCCGUAUCCUGGCGAGGCGCACGAAGGUGGCUUUUCUGACCCUGAUCGCGAUGAUGAGUUGUGGUACCCAAGUUUUGGCGACAUGAACACCCCAUACACAUCUUCUGGCACGCACGGCGACAAUGUGCGCAAAUUUUAUCAAUUCUGGACACAAUUUUCCAGCCGCAAAAGCUUUUCUUGGAAGGAUAAGUACGAUCUUCGCGAUGCACCGGACAGGCGUGUAAAACGCAUGAUUGAGAAAGACAACAAACGCGCUCGUGAUGCAGCGCGCCGCGAAUAUAACGAAACUAUCCGUGGUCUUGCUGUAUUCAUCCGGCGUCGAGACCCUCGGUACAAGGCAUUCCAGGCAGAGCAGAGCCAAUCAAACAGCCAAGAAACGUCUGCAGAUGCAAAGGCGCGCCGCGAAGCCGAGGUUAAGAAGCGACUGCAGGAAAAGCGUGCUCAAGCAGCGACGUUCGAGGCGCAAAACUGGCAGAAGGCGAAUGCACCUGAGGAUGAUUGGGCGUCGGACUUUACCAGUGGGGAGUCGCAUGGCGACAAUGAAGCGCUACAUGAUAUGACGGCUGUUGAGGGCGAGCAUGCGUUCAGCGAUGAGGAGCUGCUUUUUGAUUGUGUCGCGUGCAGCAAACGAUUCCAGUCGCGUGCCGCAUGGGAGAAUCACGAGCGCGGCAAGAAGCACAAGAAGGAAAUGCAGCGACUUCAGCGCGAAAUGCGCGAGGAUGAUCUGGCACUUUGCGAUGAUUUGGAAGAGAUGCGAAUCGAGACGGACGAUGCAGCUGAGCUCGAGCCAGACGACCCGGUCAUUCCCCCCCUGCGAAAAAAAGACAAGAAGAAGAAGAAAUUGGAACGCAAGUUUCGCGCUACAUUGCACGAGGAUAAAGACUCUGAUGGCGCACAAGAGUUUACAGAGGCGCCGUCUUCCGAGCCUAAUACGGGUCCAACGGCCUGUGCGCUGUUUAAAAAUCUGCCUCAUGUCGCCACGUUGCCAAAGAACCCUGAGCGCCCGCCCGGCUCGUUUGACGUGUUUGGCUACGGCUCGCUCAUCUUUAAGCCCCCACCACACGUCAUUGGAUACACACCGGGCUAUAUUGAAGGAUUCUCGCGUCGAUUUGCGCAGCAUUCAAUCGAUCACCGUGGCACUCCAGAAAAUCCCGGCCGUGUUGUCACAUUGGUAAAAGCGAGUGAUUGGUUGGCAUUACCAGGUGCAGAUUUACCUCCGGAAGCCGACAUUGUCUGGGGCAUCAGCUACACGAUUGAUCCUGUGCACGCCGAAGAAGUGCGUGCAUACUUGGACCACCGCGAAAAGAAUGGCUAUACACCGAUGACUGCACCCAUAUGGGACAUUCUAGACGGAAAUCCCGUUAUGCUUAUGCCGGAAGCGCUGGUCUACGUUGGGUUGCCGGAAAAUGAGGCAUUUAUCGGGCCCGAGCCACUUGAUGCCCUGGCAGAGCGCAUCUAUACAAGCCAGGGUCCAAGCGGACGAAACGAUGAAUAUUUAUUUCGUCUUGCCGAGGCAGUGCGAGCACUAACACCAAACAGUGCAGAUAAUUACCUUUUUUCCUUGGAGGAAAAAGUGGCGGCACUGCAAGCAAAAGGCGCCGCGCCCGAUACCAAGACUGACAAAAAACGUGCGGGCGACAAAUUCAACGCGAAAUGCAAUGUGUGCAACGCUCGCUUUGCAUCGCGCUCCAAGUUGUUCGCGCAUGUCCGCGAGGAAGGACACGCAUCUGCUAUACCCCAGCCGAAAAAAAAUACAAAGAAACGCAAAUAG